AUGGGUAUUGCAGAGAACUCAAAGGGUUUGGUUCUUGCCGUCGCAUCGGGUGUGUUCAUAGGGGCAAGCUUCAUUAUGAAAAAGAAAGGUCUGAAGCAAGCUGCUACACACGGCACUCGCGCAGGGGUUGGCGGAUAUUCUUAUCUUCUACAGCCUUAUUGGUGGGCUGGCAUGCUUACAAUGUUUAUUGGGGAGGUUGCCAAUUUUGUGGCUUAUAUAUAUGCCCCUGCGCUUCUCGUUACUCCCCUUGGCGCACUAAGUAUUAUUGUCAGUGCUGUCUUAGCCCACUUCUUGCUGAAGGAAAAGCUUCAGGAGCUGGGGAUUUUGGGAUGUGUGUUCUGCAUUGUGGGUUCAGUUCUCAUUGUCAUUCAUGCACCUCAAGAGCACGCUUUGAAUUCUGUGCAAGAAAUAUGGGAUCUCGCCACUCAACCUUUAUUUCUUGUUUACGUGACGGCAACAGUGUCGGUAAUUUUAGCCUUGAUUUUGCAUUUUGAACCUCGCUACGGUCAGAAAAAUAUGCUGGUCUACUUGGGAAUUUGUUCAUUAAUGGGUUCACUUACGGUUAUGAGCACAAAAGCCAUAGGAAUUGCAAUCAAGCUUACGUUAGAGGGAAUAAGUCAAAUAACGUAUCCUCAAACUUGGUUUUUUCUUACCAUGUCUGUCAUAUGUAUCAUUGCACAGUUGAACUACCUGAACAAGGCACUAGAUACGUUUAACACGGCUAUUGUCUCUCCCGUAUAUUAUGUCAUGUUCACAACCCUGACUAUUAUUGCUAGUGUGAUAAUGUUUAAGGAUUGGUCUGGUCAGAGUGCAAGCAGCAUAGCCUCUGAGAUAUGUGGAUUUAUCAUUGUUCUUUCAGGAACAAUCUUAUUGCAUUCGACAAGAGAACAAGAACAACCUAAUAUGCGACGGUCCUUAACAUGGUACAUUGGUGAAGACUUAGUGAAGGGCAUUGAAGAUGAACGCCUGAACCUUAUUAUACACGGUUCAGAUUACGUUGAAAAGUGA